UGAAAAUCCUCCCCGGAAACACUCGUGAGCUCAGGUGGCUUGACAGCUAACCUGCUCAGACAGUCUGAUCACACGGUUCGAUGCCGGACCUUCUCCUCCAUCACCUCCUACUUUAAAGCAAUGUGUUGGAGGCGUGAGGAGCCCGGCUCUCCGCUCCGUCACGCCGCCCAGGAGCCAUGGCGGAGCGGACACUGAGGAGGAACCAGCGGCCGGAGGACAGCGGCUCAGCAGCAGCGGCUCAGAGGAACCAUCCACGUUAUCUGCGGCACGACCACAAGUGUUACUGACGGAAUACGAUGGUGACGGCGGAUAAAGUUUUCCCCACACAUGUCAAACAUGUCCAGGUCAACUUUCCCCUGACUGACAUUCUGCUCUCCUCCAGGGGAUCAUAGCGACGCAGAGUUAGUUUCGCUCCAGUGUCCGUGUGUCCUGCAGCCAUCUGCCUCAGGCGUGAAUCUAGCGCACUGUCCCGCAGCGGCUCGGUAAUAUUUGAAAGCCGAAUCAGUGGAGGUCAACAUGGGGGCAAAGCAGAGCGGCCCCGCUGCUAGUCCAGCUGCUAACGGUCGGACCAGAGCCUACUCCGGCUCGGACGUGCCCUCCAGCACCUCCAGCAGCAACGGCAGCAACGUGAGCAGGGCUGCCGCCGGAGGAGUGAGGUACCACGGCGCCUCCGGAGCCACGUCCGGCACCAGCCAGCACAUCGGGGCCAGGGCCAGGACUGUAGGGGGCUCCGGAGGCUCCGGGACCAGACCUCGGUCUGGGAUCAACAUUCCCAACAGCAGAGGAGCCUACAGCUCCCCAGAGUCUGAGGGCAGCAGCCCGGAGGAGGCAGCGGACAUGGAGCACUCCGGCAGAGAGCACGAAGGUCCCCGGCUGCUGAUCGGGUCAUUACCAGCUCACCUCUCGCCUAAUCUCUUUGGAGGCUUCAAGUGCCCUGUGUGCUCCAAGUUUGUGGCCUCGGAUGAGAUGGACCUUCACCUGGUUUUGUGUUUAACCAAACCCAGAGUGACGUAUAACGAGGACGUCCUCACUAAGGAUGCAGGAGAAUGUGCGAUCUGCCUGGAUGAGCUGGUGCAGGGAGACACCAUCGCUCGCCUGCCCUGCCUCUGCAUCUACCACAAAGGAUGUAUCGACGAGUGGUUUAAAGUGAACAGAUCGUGUCCGGAGCAUCCGUCAGAUUGAAGCUUUUUUGCACAGGUACCCACAAUGAAGGAUCUACUAGAUUAAGAGUGGAUCCUGGGAGACUGCAGGACACUGUGACCACUAUGAUCAGUUAACCACCCCACCCUCAAAAAUAAUGUAGUACCAUGGUGUGCCAAAUCUCAUUGAAACGAUCUUCAGGGAUACAGACUUUCUGUUUAUGUUCGAGUUGCACAUCCACACUCCACAGGACCAGCCGCUCUCCAACUCACAUCUUCUGCAGCCCUGACGCGACAGCCACACAGGGCGCCAUGACAGGCACUGCUCUUCUUCCUGACGGCAGGUAUGAGCAUUUUCUACACCGCGAAACUGGAGGAGAAGGACACGGUCUUGCACCUGGCGCAGGAUGGAGGGGGGGGGGUGUCAGGGCGAUGAUGAAUUAUCUUUCCCCCCUCCGACUCUGUCCCACACCUCCUCCCUCAGCAUCUGUCUACCAGUGCCUUGUCGUAGUGAAGCCCAGCCGCAGCAGGGCAGCACAGAGGAGACCACACUGUUAGCAGAGCCUGGGUAUAUACUAACCGCACUAACCUGCAGGACCAUCUCACCUCAACUACCACUCUACCAGUCCAGAACAGAGCCAGAGACAGGACGGCAGCAGACGUGUGUCUGCAUCAGCAGCACAGGAAAUAUAAAAACUAAAGCUGCUGUAAAAAUGGUGCCAACACACACACACACACACACACACACACACACAAUCAUCAGUGCUCUUGUGGAGGUCUUCAGCUAUAACAACCUAUCCUCACUUACCUGAACAUAUGACUGUUGCUGCAGCUGUGACAAAAAAACUGCAGAGUUUCUCAUUAUGAUCAGAUUUCACUGGAGCUUCUUCACCUUAUAAAAAGAUAUUUUUCAUGCUGCAAUAAUAUACAACCUCUUCGCAAGAGAUUUUUAUUUACAGUGACAUUUUUGAAACGUUUCUGUGCUAAAAUAAUUUUUUGUGUAAUGUUAAUACAUACAUGUCCUAACAUGAAAAAUAUUUUUUUGUAACGUGAAUAGAAUCUCAUAAUGACAUUUUUAAAUGAGUGAGAAGAAGCUUGAGUCAAUUUUUUGCUGCAUUUUGUUCAACAGUGACUUUCAGUCAAAACAUAUGUUUUUUGACUAGAAUGUAUCCAUUGUAUUAAUUAUAACACUUGAUCAUAUUUUCAGCAAGUGAAGAUAAACAUAAAGAGAGUAAAAAAGUAAAGACAACUUUUUUUUUUAAUUUCACAUUUUACUUCACUUUAUUUUUCGUCAUGCAGAUGAAUAUUUACUGACUUUAAAUCUCAAACACUCAAAUGUCGGGUGCUGGGAAUUGGAACAAAUCAAACACUGUAAUAAGAAUGGAGCACAUAGAGCAGAUUGCAAGGUGUGGUUGGUUGGAUUAUUUAAAAGGGGUCAAAUACAUUAAUAAUAUUACAAGACAGACAUAAAUUAAACAUAAACAUGUCAACAAUAAAAUACAGAUAUUGGAACAUAAUGUAAUAUAUUCCGCUUCAGUGACAGUGCUUUGUUUGUUCUUAUUCUGUGCACCUGCCUCUUCGUGGUUGGGCUGCACACUGAGGAAGAUUCAGCGUUACAAAAUCAAUUUCACUCAACAAAUGUGAACUUCAAGACAUUAUUUUCAAGGUAUUUCUGGGUUUUACCUUGACUGAGAGUUGACAGUAGAGAGACGUGAAAGGACAUGAACCAGUACCAGGUUCAGGGUUGUCACCUCAAGCCUUACGCCAUCAGGGCAACACUAUUUACCUUCAGAUGGAAGUGCAGAUUGUGUUGGUUUCAAUGCACCAGGUAAACAAAUGGUACAUUAGUCUUAACAACAAGCAUCUGGUCUAAUCAGCACUGGACCAUGUGGACAGGUUGUGGGAGGAGUCUCUUUGGUUGUCGUCACGCCAGAAGUCACUAACUUGCUCUGCUGUUUAUCGGUCGACUAAUCUGCUGCUGUUGUCAGGUCCUGGCAGCUUCGAUCAAACCUCCAAUUAAAAUGCUCACAUUCAUUCAAACCUCUUCAUGUCUAUGAAGACACAGGACUGAUCCAGCCUGUGUCGGGGGGGGUUUGGGUUUACCUGAAGACCUCUACCAUGGAGGCAGAACAGUGUACAGACUUUAGAUCUGUCCCAGUUGACGCAGAGGACGGCCUCGUCAGUGUGGACCCCAAAGCUCCAAACCUGUCUUUGAAUGUGUGAUCCUUUUCCAUGACUCAGAAUCCAGUGCUGGUCCCACCACCCUGAAGAUCAUCUUUUAUUUGGAGAAAAACAAACAAACAAGCUGCUUCAUUAUUUCCUUAAUAGCAGCUUUAAAGCAAUCUGCUCCAUGUGGAGCUUCUGAAUGAGUUCAUGAUGAUGUUUUCAUUCGGCAGUGAAAUGUCCCAUAUGUCCAGGUACUAGACGCAUGGUAGUGUGAGAGGGGGCAAGGAAAGACAAAGCAUUAUCCUGGAGACAUAAUGUAUGGCUACCAUUUCUCUGAUGCUACAAUUCUGUGCACGUCCGUGUCCAACCAACCAGAUGCUUGCGUCCAGGUUCGUCUUCCAACUGGUCAACAGCAACAGAGCAGCUUAUUUUCCAGGUCAUUCCCCUUUAACCAGAGAGGAAGUAAUCAGCCACUAAAUCCCAAAUCCACCUCUCUCCUGUCUGUCCCACAGUAACCUGGGCUCAGGUCAGUGUGAGACAUUACACACACUCCCAACACAUGUAACAUCGAACUCUGGGCAUACAAAGAAACUUGUAAGUUACAUACUAUAUAAGUGAAGAUCAGUUGACUGUUCAUUUUUAUCUCAGUUACAAAUACAGAUCUGACUGCCUCAAGCUGUGGGCUUCUUCAGUCUUUAGAUGUUGUAGAUGUUGCUGUUGGCUACGCUCUGUUGUUGACAAACUGACAUCACUGAGUAACCUGGGCUGGAAUCAGUGGCGUGCAGCGCUUGACUCGUUGAAGCUAAAACCAGACAUCAAUUAGAAGAAAAGCGAAGUGAAACCUCUCCUCACAUCUGAUCUCAGAACAGUGUCGGUCCUGUUUGGUUCUUUAGAGUCAUCAUGUUAUGUACUGCCCUCUUGUGGUGGCGCCAGUGUUUCGUCUCUUAAAACUAGUUUGACUCAUUAAUCGUUUCUGUCUUUUUCAUAGACGUCUGCGUCUAGUGUGUUGUCAAGCUGUGCUGAGAUCAGUCAUAGUACACACAUUAUUUUACACAUGUGCAGAUGUGUGUGAAAACUGUACUUGCACAUUAGAAAAUGACUCCAACAAUCUCAGAUUAUUAUAAACUGUUUUUCUAAUCUCUUUGUUCAAUGUAUGACGGUGAGGUAUUUGGAAUCAUGAGGUGUGUGUUGUUGUUGCAGACCAGCUUUUAUAAACUCAUUUCACAAAGGUCUGUUCAUCCAGGGGCCCUGAGCAGGAUACGUGAGGAGGCCCUACAUCAUAGUGAUCAUUCAUUUAUACGUCAGAGAGCAGAGAUAAUCUUUUCUUUAGUUUGAUAAUAUUAGUUUUACAAUCAUUAUAUUAUAUUUUGAUGUUAUUUAAAACAUGAGAACAUGACAGCCAUUAUUCUAUGAAUUUGACUGAAAGUGAAGGAUAAAACAACUUCAUUGAAUCAUAGCUUUUAUUAUAACCAUUAUAAGCAUAAAUCAGCCCUGGCUGAAAAACACAUGUCCCCAUGUUCCAUAAAAAUGACACAAUCCAUUAAUUGAACAUACAACUAUAUGUAUCAAUAUUAAUAUGACUGGCUUGUUGUCAUAAAACCACAAACUGAAAAACACUUUCCAAAGAAAAGAUUGAGGCUAUUAAGUUUCAUUUUGAAGAAAUAAUUGUCAUACUUCUUCUUCCAGCACAGGGAGAACAGGCAGUCCAGCAUCAUGAGGGGGAAGGAGAGUUUGUUGUGGUAGUUUCAGUUUUCCUUGGCGGUGCAGUGAACAGCUCAUUGAGUUGGUGGUUGUGGGCCAGACAGUGGUUGAGGAGGGUAUGUAGUUUGGUUCUCUUUGUAAAUCCCCACACAACAAUGGAUUGAAUAAUACCACAUUUCACAGAAAGCC